GAGAGAGAGAGAGAGAGAGAGAGAGACGUAGACUCAGAACUGGCCAUUCAUCCCCAGUCUCAGCGGCUCCUCACCGGCCUCACUCUCCACACUGAUGUGGGGGGAGAGAGGCGGGACCUCUUAGCCGGGAAGGGCGUUCUCUUUGCGGUCAGACCGGGUAGAGUCAUCCCGAGGGGUGGGUCCUCCGGCAGCAGAAAAAGGAAAACCCACCUUUUUUCAUUGUUAAGAAGGCGCUGGAAUGUGAUGGUUUGAUCGGAAGGCACCGGGACUGGAAACAUCAGGCGAGGAAGGCACCGAGUACAGCGGGCUUACUGAGCCGCUGUCCCGCUGCGUCGCCUGCGACUCUCCGGACUUGUUUGAAGGUUGGUGGAUGAACUUGUCCUCGCCGUGUUGAGUCCUUACGUCCGCCUGAAGUCAGACCGUGGGAAGUUGUGGAUUUACCCUGGUGUUUUCUCUUCCUGGGCGGUGGAGCCGCUGAGAUGACAGAUUCACCUGCUAAACACCACCCUGAGGGAACUCCGCAGUUUUAAACUGACAGGCAGACGAGAGAAGACAGACAGAAAGAAGGCAGACUCUCCAGAUUACGGAAGUUUUUCUUCAAGAGCCCGAAGGACUUCACUCAAUACCACACAAAUGUGGACCUCCCAAAACACUGUCAUCAAAUAGUUUGACGCACACGACGCACGGCACCUACAAAAACGCAAAUCAGUGUAGCCAUGUCUGAUCAUAAAGACAUGACACAUCGCCACCUACGGCACAAGCUGCAGAGUCUUGGCCGAAGAUUGGAUGAACUUGAAGAAGCCACCACCAAGCUGCAGAGGUCGGAGGAUGAGCUGCUGGACCUUCAGGACAAGAUCAUCCAGGCUGAAGGCAGCAACUCGUCCUUGCUUGGUGACAUUGAAGCCCUGAGGAAACGUCUCCUGAAGAUCCAGGGCAAAGAUGAGGAGGUACGCAAAGCUGAGGACCUCUGCCGCACAGUCAGAGAAAAACUGGAAGAAGAGGAAAACCUGACGAAGGAGUUGAAAGCUGAAAUUGAACGUCUUCAAAAAAGAAUGGCUGAACUGGAGAAACUGGAAGAAGCUUUUGGGAAAAGCAAAUCUGAUUGCAGCCAACUCUGCUUGAGCCUAAAUGAGGAGAAAAACUUGACCAAGAAGCUCUCAACCGAGUUGGAGACUCUCAAAGCCAAAUUGAAGGAGAUGGAAGGGUCCGAGACAAAGCUGGACAGAGCAGAAAAGGCUUUGACGAUGGAAUUAGACAAACUUAAGACUUUUACCCAGACCUUUAUGAGUGAGCGCAAGAGGCUGCUGGAGAAGCAGCGAGAAGACGAGAAGAUCAUUUUAAAGUUGACAGAAAAACUGGAGCAACAGAAAAAUCGUCUCGGUAUGUCAGUAGACCCUUCCCGUGCAGAUUUUAUGCGGUCACGGAUUGAAGACGAGCUGUCGUCGACGGGGCUUCUUUCAAACAAAAUGGCUGGACACAAGAAAAACCUCGACUACUUCAAAUUCCCUGAUGACGGCAUCAGUCUUGUGAACAAAACUGAAAAUGAGAAGAACAGCAUUCUUGAGGGCACACAGCUGGAGGACAACAAAGUGAAAGAGUUGACACUUGAAGUCGAGAAGCUGAAAAACCGUCUGAAACAGUUGGAGAUAAUGGAGGAAGAUCUGAAAACCUCAGACAGCAGGACCUCAACCUCCAGAUAUUCCAGAUACUCCCAUGUCCAUGACUCGCAUUCAGAAGGCUCGUCCUCCAGGAGUUCAUUUGAUGAGGAUCUCCACAGCAGAACACCAUUAGCAGACGGGGCGCCCACACACACUGCUUCAGGGAUUGAAAUCCAGCGAAUGUGUAGCCCGCGUGAGGCGCUGAGGUCGAGGGCUGUCAUCAAACCGGCCAUUGUGGAGAUUGACAGGAAGGAAAUGAUGAUCUCAGAACCUCUGUCAACCAACGGCAAACCCAAAAUCUCCACUAAACCAGUUGUGACCAUGAGCAAGAUGACCAGUAGCAUCACCAUUUACCCCAACGACCCGUGCUCUUCUAGAACCAGCAGCCGCAGCAGCAGUGUGUGCAGUGAACCCAUGCCUGCCAGAGAGCGCCACACCUCCACCAGUAACAUCCUCAUUGGCCCCAGCAGUGAACACCACGGCAGCAUCUCCAUCCCAUAUGAAAUCUCCAUUCCCAAAAGUGACAUCACACUGCGCUCCUGCCAGGACCAGGACUCUGGAGCAGAUGAACUCAGUGAAUCCUCUUUAAGGUCUGAGUUCUCCAGAGUGGAGACCACCACCACCACCAGUCAUCUGUCCUCUCAACGCAGCAACUUCAGCUACCAGUGUCCAGACGUGACCUCUCCGGUGUUCAACGACGCAGACUCAACCUUUGAGAGCAACAGCAGCAGCACCACCACGACUGUCACCAGCUGGAGACGACAAAGCCAGCCCCUGAUUGAAAACAGUUCCCCAGACACCAGGAAUGUGACUGUGAGAAGCACCUGGAGGAACAGAGGAGCGCCGUCAGGGGACGAGACGGCCAGGGCACGGGGAUUCCGGUCACUGGCAGAUGUUGGGUCUGAAGACGAGGCUGAAGCUGCAACGACGUGGAGAGCGUACAGAGCCACUACGUUUGACCUGGAGGAAACGAUGAAUAAUUCUGGUGGGAACGCUGUGGCACAGAAGGAAGCCAAACCCAGUCCUGCAGAGGUGUACAUGCGCCGGAUCAACAACCCGUACAGUAACAGCAGAGAAACGGAGGAGCCAGUGCUGCGCAGAGGAAAACAUUCCCAGUCUCCCUCCGUGGAGACCGGCGGUCCUAGCAGAACCAUACCUCACCCCCCUGUCACCUCGCAGUCCUGGGGACGAUCGUACACAACACAACAAGCAACGGCUGCCGAUGGUGUGGAACCAGGUGUCAACACCAGCCAAAGCUCGGCCUCCUGGAGACGACAUCUGUCCAGCGGGGACUCCCACAACCUGGGAACCUCUUAUGAUCGAGCUCCCAAGACGCCCGUUGUCUCCGCCUCCAAGGGAGGAGAGCAGUGGUCCAGCCGGGGUCAAGGCUCAGCAGCCAGAGCAGAGGGAAAAAGUGGCACGGGGUUAAAACCAUGGAGCCAACGACAGGCGGAAUACCAUUAGACUGGUCAGGUCGGAACGGCAAAGACGACAGCAGCACUCCAUCACGCUCUCCAUGACAAAAGCGGAGGCGAACAGUCUCUCAUCCACCUACAUCCACAGAAUCACCUCCACCAUGUCCAACCGAGAACAUCUGCAGCUUAUAUAACAGAAAAGACCAACGGCGUCAUGGCUACGUUUAAACACCACGCCGUACAGCUGACCCCGGAGGUCACGUGGAGACGUGAACCGUUCCAUCUGCGCGGACCUUUGUCCGUCCCCAAAGACGCAUAAUAAUGGUAAAACAAAGACGGUUCCUGUCCAACAGAGUGGACGUCACCUCACCAGCCCAUGUUUCCUCUUCUGCUUCUUUUUGUGUUGGAUGUAACAUAGUAUAAUCCUAAAAUUUGACAAAGGAGAGGAGCGCACGCUUGGAUCGACUGGAGAUUUCUCUCUUUCUUCUGUGUCUGCGAGGAGUUGGAGGAGGAUGAACUGAAAACUGUGAGCAUGCCUUUGUCGAAGGAACUUUAAUGCUGGAACAAACUAAAUCAUCCGUAUUUAAAAAUGGAAAAAAAAAAUCAUCUUCAUCUCCUAGGGCUGGAUCGUAACGCAGAGUUAACUCCAAAAAAACGUCACUUUAAAAUGUGACCAAAACCAGGAAACAAGUUGCCAUUUUUUGUUGGUCAUUUUUGCUUCCACAUAUCUCCCCAUUCUCUUCAUUAUGAUUUUAACAGUUCAACAAAUGAGGACUGAACUCAUGUCAAUUUUGCUUCUGUCAAUGAAACAUUUGCAUGUCUUGAAGUCAGUUCAGUGAUUGGCUGCAUGUUCAGGACAAACUCACAGGGUUUCGUGGUCUGUGGGCACUUCACAUAAACAUAACGCAUUUCCUUAGCCUGCAGCCGAAACGUAACAAUUAUAAAUAUAUACCCUGAUCAGAAUUUUUUUUACCUGAGCUGUAAUCUGACUUUCCCAACUGUAGGAACUCCAAACUCAAUCUUGAAGCUCAAAAUAACCUGUCAAUCAGUUGGGCCCUGAAAAAUGUCCCCUUGAUGACACGCGUCCCCAGAACCAUGGUAGUUCUCCAAACAAAUGUCCUCAUAAGUACGGCUGUACCAGAAACACACACACACACACACACACCUGACAGUCUGGGACCGUAUUUAUAUUUUUGUUUUUUUCUUUCAUCAGACUUUGUUUUAAUUCCUUUCACUUCACCUCCUGCUCUGCAUCAUCCUUUUCUCAUCACCCGCACAAGUAAAAAAAAAUAUUCAUGGUUUGCACAUAACGCAAUGUCAUUCACAUGUUCAAAAAAAAAAAAACUUCUUAAGUUCAGCGGUGCUUUGUUUCAGAACUAUUGCAGCUAUUUUCCCUGGUAUAUAUUUUUAGAAACUUGGCAGAAAUAAAACUUGCUGUUUUUAAAUAUCAAACUGUUCAUUACCAGCAAACGUGGCCAGGCAGGACAAAUAUAGUGCUGCUGUAAAUACAUAUAUAUUUAUGUAUAUACUGUGUACAUACCUGCCGGUCAAAGGAAAUAUAAGGAGGUGACACAACAGCUCGUUUGUGCCUGGGUUCGCCGUGCGACUCACUCAUCAUUAAUGACAUCACCAGAGGAAUAUUUUCACACGUCACUUAAUAUCAACAUGACAAAAACUGAUAUCUGUUUGGCCAGUAAUAGUGAUCUGUUAAGGUAAAGGUGCAGAUAUGUCAGAGAAGGUUUGCAGCAGCAUGACGGAUAAUGCUUGAUGAAAAACAACGUACGAACGACGCUACAGUCCGCGGUGACGGCACUGUUUCAUUUCCUGAAUCUCUUCUACGGCAGAUCAAGUGGCUUAAACCAUGACUGUAAAAAAUGCUCAACAUGUGGAUUCUGCAGAAACACUUGGUGUUUUUGAAGCCUGCUGCCAACUGCUUUACUCUGCUGAUUUAUUCUCUCCUCUCACUCCCACCAUAGACCCUAUAUAAGAAAUGGAUACGGACCCAGCCAAUGGAAGUGGUCGUACUAAAAUGAACUGACUUUAUUUGAGUACUGUAAACCUCUCGCAGAAGUCAGAACCUGAUUCUGAGGGAAGGCCCACAACGGUUCAUUAACAUGACUGAAUCUAUUUCUUAUAUACGGUCUAUGGUUUGUUUGUUUUAUUUUUUGUAUUUACAGUUAAAUUUCCUGCUUCAUAUUUGUCCAUAAUGUGAUGUUAUGUGAUUAGUACAGAUUAGGGAAGUGUUUGGAAUCAAACCUGUGCAUCAGUCACGUCUCGGUUCAGACAGACGGGAAACGUUGAUUUUUUUCGUUAUUCAGGCCAAUCGUAAAACUUCUCAUUUUCAAAAGUGUUGAAUGAAAAAUCUGGUCAUUUUGAACAAACAGUGCUGUUCAAGGUCAAAGAGUUCCGAGUGGUCCAACACCGACCCAGUUGUUUCUUUUUGCUCAAAACGUCAUUACAAGAGCUAUGCAACAUGACACUAAUGUGUAGUAUAAACCUAGCUGGAUGGAGAGGCAGACACGCACCUGUGUUUUCAUCAGUUGCUCUGACUUUGUAUUGGAACCGAUUGCUCCAGGUCGUCCAGGUCGGAGGUUGUCGUUGCAGCUGCAGACGUGCCGUUUCACUCCUGUCCUCACGGGGUGUCGGUGUGUUGUCCCUGCAGCUCUGUGUUCACAAACAGAGACAAGAAGGACGACUGAGUGGGUGUUGGACCGCCGAGUUUUCACCUUGAAAAACAGUUCAUUUUUCUCCGUUUCUAUAGUUGUUUACGUCAGUGUUUGUGCCUUAGGACCUACUGAGGAGGAGAAACUCGUCCAAAUAGGGUUGGAUUUCUUUAAUUUUCCCCAACUAAAUUGUAUAUAAUCACAUGCUGUGCUGAUACAUAAAUCGGCACACCGAGUGCUGGUGUAUAAUAAUAUAAUAUAAAGUUAAUAAUAUGUAAUAUAUAAUUACAUGGAAAGUAGUAAAAGAGGGAACUCCUCGGUGACGGAGGCCAAAACUGUGUUCCCUGAGAAAAGGUUAUUAUUUUUCUAACCCAACUUUUGACAGCUUUCUAGUCACGCUGUACAGAAAUGUAGGUCACAACGCCCAGAAAACUCCAUCCUCUCAAUUUGUCUGUCAAGAGUCGGCCUGGUGGACGGUUGCCAUGAGGCCACUUCAUGGUCAGCGUUGGCUCUGGGGUAGAGCAGACACAGAUCAGACGUCCUGCGUCUGCUCGUGCCAGACUCUUCAUGAUUAUACUGUAUAUUCCCUGUCAUUGUUCCCGCUGCCACUCUUCUCCGUAACCAAGAGCAAUUCCCAUUUACUCCAUAAUCUCUCUUCUUUUUAAACCGGCUCCAAUUUUCCUUUUAAGCCAUGUCGUAGCGGCCAAGUGUCCCCUCCACGCUCCUCCUCCUCCUCCUCCUCGUCUUUCUCUAUCUUCCUUGGAUUCUCAUUUUCAAAUCGUUGUUUGGUUCAACUGAAAGCCAGAGGGCCGUCAGCAGACAGUGAUGGCCGGCUCCCUGGGUAGCGCAAAGGUCAAAGGUCGGGGUUGUAACUAAUCUGGUCUUCAUGUCUUAGCUCGAGUGUUUCUAAAUACAGGAGAUUUGCAGACGGGUGGUUUGGCGGCGUCAUCUGUUGUGGAGAUAAUUCAAACACAGCAGAAUAUCAAGUGUCCUGUUCUGCAGCAGCGGAGCUGCCAGCGCCGCACGUGGUGGUCCGCAGCGGCGCGUCGUUGCCGGUGUGUCAUUGGCGGUUGCGCGGGUGUCGCCGAGAGUCGACACGUGAAGUGGUGUGUCGUAAGAUCCUGCAGAUACACGAGUCCGUCAGCGCUGGCUUUAUUUAUCUGAAGGCCUGACGUCACCAGGGUCAGGUUCACUGUAUGGUGCAACUCAGGUCUGCAGCGUCGGACACUGCUGCCCUCUACAGGCCUAAACCGUGACCUCCUGACCCUUUGGGUUUUCUAAAUCACUGCUGACUCUCCUCACUUCAAACAUCAAACCAUCAACAUGUGGCCUAUUUGGAUGUGGGUUAAACCACGUUUUGUAGACCAUCAUUUAGUCCAAUCUCCAGCCACAUUGUUCCACAGUUGUAUUAGCAAAACCAUAAGAUGCCCAAAGAAAAAA